AUGUACGAGAAAGCAACAGUCCAAUCCACCGCCUACCUUGACGGUCUUCGCGGCAUCGCUGCCCUAGUUGUCUUCACCUUCCACACGCUUUGGGCCUACUGCGGCUUCGUCGAAUACGGCUACGGUGAUGGACCCAAAAACCACCACUUCCUCCAACUGCCGUUCAUCAGGCUCAUCCACGCCGGCCACGCCAUGGUCCCCAUCUUCUUCGUCGUCGGCGGCUACGUGAUGGCGCUGAAGCCGCUCCGCCGGAUCCGCGCCAACGAGGUUCAAGGCCUCCAUUUCCAACUCGCCGGCUCCGUCUUCCGCAAGGCGAUGCGGCUCUACAUCCCGGCCAUCGUCACGACGUUCGUCUCGAUGCUCACGCUGCGCCUAGGGCUCUGGGAGUACCCGCGGCACUUCAUCAUGAACCCGCGCCUGUUCAACUACCCGGACAAGCACCCGCCGCGCGCGCCGACGUUGGUUGCCGAGCUGGGCCGCUGGGCGGGCGCCGCGGUCGACCUCGGGAGGGUGUUUAGUUAUGUCAACGACGGCUUCGUGCUGCCCUGGUUCAACCCGUACGACCCGCACCUGUGGACGCUGCCGUUCGAGAUGCGCUCCACGCUCGCCGUCGCCGCCGCCCUGCUCGCCAUCUCGCGCUGCCGCCGGGCGGCAUUACGCAUAGCCCUCGUCGCCGCCGCCGUCGUCUUCGCCUGCUACCUCGACCGCUGGGAGUGCGCGCUCUUCCUCUCCGGCACCCUGCUCGCCGACUUCGAGCUCUCCUUCCUGCACGACGACGACGACCCGUACGCCGCCCUGGUCAGCCCCAAACCCAGCCCUCCGCUAACCACCACCACCCUCGCCGUCCUCCUCCUCCUCUUCCUCCCAUCCCUCUACCUCCUCUCCACCCCCAACCUCCGCAUCGCCCACACGCACCCCUUCGGCUACUCCCUUCUCGCCACACACCUCGUGCCCCCCACCAUCACCGACCCCAAGCGCUUCCUCCACGGCCUCGGCGCCAUUCUCCUUCUCGCCUCGCUCCUCCUCUGGGCCCCGCUCCGCCGCCCCUUCACCACGCGCCUCGCGACCGCGGCCGGGAAGAGGAGUUACAGCCUGUACCUCGUGCACGGACCGAUCUUGCACGUCGUCGGGUACGGUGUUGCCGGGCGCGUGUGGACGGCGUUGGGCUUCGCGACGGGGUUUUCGAGGCAGAUGGUUAGUUUGGAGGUGGCGCGGGCGGAGAGGAUGAGGUGGGCGGCGGGGGCGGGGGCGGGGGCGGUGUGUGCGUGGGGGUGCGCGUGGUGGGUGGCGGGGGUGUUGGAGAGGGCGGUGGGCGGGAGGAGGGUUGGGAGGUGGGCGGAGAGGUUGGAGGGGUGGGUUUGUGGGAGGAGGGGGAAGGGGAGCGGGAUGGCUGGGGUGGAGGGGGAGAGGGGGAGGGAGUUGCCGAGGUGA